UUCAAAGAGGAAAAAAGUAGAUAAAAAUUUGCCUUUUGCAUUUUUUUUUUCAUUUCCAAGAUACCAAGCAAUAUUUCCCCGAAAUAAAAAAAAGAAAGAAAAUGUCUCAGACUCCGACAGCUGACGUGGAGAAACGUGCAACUGAAAUGCACUACUUAUCCUAUUCAGAGCCCGAACCGGAACCAGAACCGCCGCCACCACCGCCUAAAAAAAAGAAGAAGAAAUUGAGCAAAGCUCAGAAGAGGGAGUUGCGCUUGCAGCGAGAAAUUGCGUUCAAAAAGUUGGAAAUAACUGAACAUCUUAAGCGCGAACUCGAGUUAUCUAAGCGUUCGGCAAAGCGUGGCAGAGAAGAUUGGGAGCAAAUAUGUCGCGAAAUAAAAAUGCAAGAGCUGAAAACAGAAGUAACGGAAUGGGCAAAAAAGACCCAACGUGUGAUGGAGCAAAAGGAUGAGAAGGUUCAAAAUCUGCUGGCAGACAUCGAGUCUACGCAAGAAAUGCACAAGAGAAAUUUUGAACGCCAUCUGCAGGUGUUGGAUUUUGCCAUAAACUGCUACAACACUCUCAUCGAAGUCUCCAAACAACUAUACGAAUCGCAAGCUCAACAAGUCAUCGAGGAGUUCAAAGACGAACUGAACUCUCGCAAGGAGAUCGAGGACGGCUUUCGGCUCAAUUGUGAGAAUAUCAUGCAUGCGACUAACCUUGUAGUGGAGCAUCAAAUGCUAACCGACUACGAGAUCUUCAUUGAAAAACAGGAUGACGUGGUGAACAGUGAAAUCGAGAAACGUUUUGUCAUACGCGAUGCGGUCAUAGCGAAAAUGAAGUUACUACAUAAACAACUUAUAGACUUUAUCAAUUCUUUGGUGAAUGUCUCGUUGGACACCAAGAAGUACGAACACAUACACAUGUUGAUGGAACGGCAGCGCAAUUUCGUUUCUGAGUCGGGACGUUUGAACGACAUUGAGUUCAAAUUGACGCGCACUGCUGGUGAUUUACAACGGGACUUGGUGCACAAUGAAGUGGAGGCGCAGCGGCGUCUUUCUGACUUGCGUCUGGAACAGGAAUAUUUCUUGCAGGUGCGCAAGAGCAUCGAAAAGAGCAUAAAUUAUGAUCGGAAUGUGACUUUUGAGAAACUGCAAACGCUCUCGGGCGAAUGCUAUGGCAUGCUGAAGGAUUAUCAAAAACUCUUGAAAUAUGGCGAACUCUUGCUUUCCAAUGCGGCCAAUUGCCGAAAACUGCAAACAGAAGCCGAGAAGGUUGAGGCGCCCAAGGAUGAAGGAGAGUCCGCCGCAGAAGAAUUAUCUUUCCAAUUGGAGGCUCUGAAUUUAAAAUCGCAUGCGGAUAUGUCUGAAGUUGAACUUGCUAAACAAAUGGCCUUAAUGAAGAACUUUUGGCAUCGCCAAGCACUCGCGUCUACACAGAAUCUGCUCCUGGCGAGGGAGAAACGCGAGCUUUUGGAAGAGAAUCAAAAAUAUAAAGAUUUCAUAAAGCUGAUGAGCAAACGCGAGAAUAUUGAUGACAUGCUAAAGACCUUUACUGUAACUCCCCUGCUGGCUGCAAAAGAUCGGAACUGUUUGGAAAACACACUUUUUCAGAAUUGAAAUUCCCGACUUCAUUUUACCAAAAUUUUACACAAAAUGUACAUAGUCACGGCAUAUUUUGGAAAGAUAUUUCGAAAAUAUAUUGUAUAGCAAUUAUUUUUCAAACAUAAA